UCCCCCUGGCUUCAAACUCUUCUGAGUCCAGCGCCCACAGCGGACUGAAGGCUUGAGGCCCCAUGCCAAGGGCUGGGAAAAUGUGAUGGAUCAGCUGGAUCAGGGAUAUGAUUCCACGCUCAAAUGGCUAAUGCCGAACAUUGGAGAAAUAAUCUACCAUCACGAACUAAUGUUUUCCAGUCUAAAGGAGUCAUUUCAUAACUAUUUCCCAACGCCUCAACCAUAUGGAUGGCAAAUGGAGAUUGAGGCCAUUUUCUCAGACAGGUGCGGAAUGUGGCAGCUCGCGAGCCUCCUGCUGUUCGUGGCCACCUGGGGAAUUUCCAGCACACCAGCUCCUCCUGCAGGGUCCCUGCGUGUUCCCUCUCCACCCACUCGCUCCCUCAACUGUGAAGGCCCAGCAGACUCGGUGUUCUCCAGCAGCCAGCGUGCCCACCAGGUGCUGCGGGUCAAACGCGCCAACACCUUCCUGGAGGAGCUCCGGCCCAGCAGCCUGGAGCGGGAGUGCACGGAGGAGAUCUGUGACUUCGAGGAGGCCAAGGAGAUUUUCCAAAACGUGGAAGACACACUGGCCUUCUGGUCCAAGUACGUCGACGGUGACCAGUGCGCGGCCCGGCCCUCGGAGCACCAGUGCGCUAGCCCGUGCUGCGGGCACGGCACGUGCACCGACGGCAUCGGUGGCUUCAGCUGCGACUGCAGCCAGGGCUGGGAGGGCCGCUUCUGCCAGCACGGUGAGGGGGCGCCGGGCGCGCGGCGGGCGGGGCCGGGGCGGGCGGCGGGGCCCAGACCGGCGCCACCGCGCUCUCGGCCUGUGCGCCCCUGUCUCGCAGAGGUGAGCUUCUCCAACUGCUCGGUGGACAACGGCGGCUGCGCGCACUACUGCUCCGAGGCGGAGGGCGGGCGCCGCUGCAGCUGCGCGCCGGGCUACAAGCUGGGGGACGACCACCUGCAGUGCCAGCCCGCGGUGAAGUUCCCUUGUGGAAGGCUCUGGAAACGAAUGGACAAGAAGCGCAGUUACUUUAAACGUGACACAGACCAAGCAGACCGAGCGGACCCAGACCGAGCGGACCCAGCGGACCCAGCGGACCCAGCGGACCCAGACCCAGACCGAGCGGACCCAGACCCAGACAGAGCGGACCCAGACCCAGACAGAGCGGACCCAGAUCGAGCGGACCCAGUGGACCGAGCGGACCCAGCGGACCCAGACCCAGACCGAGCGGACCCAGACCCAGACCGAGCGGACCGAGCAGACCGAGCGGACCCAGACCCAGACCGAGCGGACCAAGUGGACCCGCGGCUCGUCAACGGGAAGCUGACCAAACAGGGAGACAGCCCCUGGCAGGUGGUCCUGCUGGACUCUAAGAAGCAGCUGGCCUGCGGGGCAGUGCUCAUCCACCCCUCCUGGGUGCUGACGGCGGCCCACUGCAUGGAGGUCUCCAGGAAGCUCAUUGUCAGGCUUGGGGAGUAUGACCUGCGGCGCUGGGAGAAUCUGGAGGUGGAUCUGGGCAUCAAGGAGGUCCUCAUCCACCCCAACUACAGCAAGAGCACCACCGACAAUGACAUCGCGCUGCUCCGCCUGGACAGGCCGGCCACCCUCUCACAGCACAUCGUGCCCAUCUGCCUCCCGGACAGCGGCCUUGCCGAGCGCGAGCUCACUCAGGCUGGCCAGGAGACUGUGGUGACGGGCUGGGGCUAUAAGAGCAGCCGAGAGAAAGACACCAAGAGAAACCGCACCUUCAUCCUCAACUUUAUCAAGAUUCCUGUCGUCCCACGCCACAAGUGCAUGCAGGUCAUGAGCAACAUGAUCUCUGAGAACAUGCUGUGUGCGGGCAUCCUCGGGGACCGGCGGGACGCCUGUGAGGGUGACAGUGGGGGGCCCAUGGUCACCUCCUUCCGAGGCACCUGGUUCCUGGUGGGCCUGGUGAGCUGGGGUGAAGGCUGCGGCCUCCUCCACAACUACGGCGUGUACACCAAAGUCAGCCGCUACCUCGACUGGAUCCACAGCCACAUCAGGGACAAGGAGGCGUCCCCCAAGGGCCAGGUGCCCUAGCGCCCUCCCCGCAGGCCACGUUCUUAGCCUAUUGUGGGAGGAAGUAACAUUGUUGAACAUCUACUAAAUGUCACAUGCUUUA